AUGUCAGCACCUAUUAAUAUAGACAUACCGAAAAUAAUAUUAGAUAAUGGAGGAGGCUUAAUAAAAGGUGGGAUACUUCCGAGUUAUUCUCAAAUAGAUGAUACCUUGUUUGAAGAUAUAGAACCAAAAUUCAUUGUACCUAAUUGCGUAGGUCAAAUAAGAAAAAAAAAUAUUUUUCAUAUAAGUGAUAGCUGCUAUAGUAUAUGUGAAUACUUUUGUCAUAGACCUCAUGUGGAUGGCUUAUUAUUAGAUUUAGAAAUGCAAACCAAAAUAUGGGAGAAAAUAUUUGCAUGUAAGCAAACAGUUGGCAAUAAAAUAAACGACAUGGCUAUUUGUGUUACCGAAUCUUAUUUAACACCAGCAUAUAUAAGACAAGGUGUUAUUGAAUUGCUUUUUGAAUAUUUUAAUUUUGAGCAAAUUGUUAUUGUCUCUUCUCAAACAAUGCUACCAUUUUCAUUUAUCGGUUUAAAUUUAGGACAGUAUGACAUUUUGAACCCUCCUGUUUUUAAUAAUGAUUCGUUUUUAAUAAAAAAAAAUUAUUUUACAAAAAAAAAAAGAAAAGGAGAAAAGGGUAAAAUGAAUUUAAAAAAACAGAGUAACUCAAAAAAUAGCAUAAAGGAGAACAUUUCUUAUAGUAACUCAUUAAAAAGUACUAGAGAAAAAAAUAUAGAUGAAGAUAUGGAAGUGGAACUAAGUGAUAUGAAUAAAAAAGUUCAAAAUGGUGAGAAUGAUGAUAAUUUUUAUGAGAGAGACAAGUCAAUUAAAAAUGUAGAAGAAGGAUAUGAUGACACGAAUGUCUUAACAAAUAAACAUAUUUUUAUAAAAAAUAUAGAAUGCUAUAAUAAAUACACCUAUAAAAUUUACAUGAGUAAAAUGUAUCAUGGAGAAAAUUGGCAAGAAUACUAUUUUAAUUCCUUUUUUAACCUGAAUUAUGAUAAUAAUAAUCCAUAUGCAGAUUUAAAUAAUACAGAAAGUGAUUAUUUCUUUAAUAGUAAUAACAUUGUAAGUACGCUAUAUAAUAAUAAUUAUAUAGGAAAUAAUUUCUUAAAUCAAGACCCGAAUUUUUUGUUACCAGAAAAAAUUGAUUUAUGUAAAAGUUAUUAUGAUAAGAAUUUUAAAGACAUAAAUACAUUUAAAGAACAUUAUAAUAGCAGUUAUAUAAAUAAUUUUUAUAGCAAUAUUUUAAAUGGUAAUUAUAAUUUAUCUUUACGAAAUCCGUGUGCUUUAUAUAUUGAUGUUGGUUAUUCUCAUACAUAUAUAUUGCCGUAUAUUGAAUAUAAACUUAUUGAAUAUGCAAUUUUAAGAACAAAAGUUUCAGCCUCAAUUUUAAAUACUUAUUUAAAAAAUACACUUUCUUAUAAACACAUUAAUUUAGAACAUAACGAAUUAUUAGUAGAAAAUAUUAAAGAGAGAGCAUGUUAUGUAUCGUUAGAUUAUGUAAAGGAUUUAGAAAAUGAAAAGAAACGAUUAGAAGAAAUAAAAAAACAAAAAAUCAAAGAUAAACUCAAUAUGAGAAAUGAGAUGUUAAUAAGAGAAAUAGAUCAAGAAAAGAAUAAUAAUGUAAAAAAUAUUGAUAAAGGAGAACAAAAGACAAAAUGUUUUGAAUAUUUAAAUGAAGAUAACAAUAAUAAUGAUCUUAAAAAAGAAGAUAACAUGAAUUAUAUUAAAAAUAAUAACAAAGUUUUAAUGAGUUAUGAAAAUGAAAACAGUAAUACAGUAAAUAAUAAAAGCUAUGAUAUGUAUGAAAAGUUGCAAAAAAAAAAAAACAAUAAAAAUAAUGAUUUAAUAGAUCAAAGUGACAAUAUAUUGAAUGUAAAAGAUAAUAAUGGUAGCACAUAUGAAAAUUGUUUUAGCAUAAAUAAUAAUUUUAACAAGUCUUUUAAUCAGGAUAGCAAUGAAAAAUUAAGGGAUGAAGAAAAAAGAAAAUGUGUGGACAUAUUUAACUUAAAAAAUGAAAAUAAAGAAAUAUUUGAUGAAAAUGAAGAAAAUGAAAAAGAAAAACAUAAAAAAAUAAGAAAAAGUAAAAAAGUAGAACCACAUUUAUCUUAUAAAUAUAAAUUAAUUGAUUAUAAUAAUGCGACGAAGCAUGAAAUAAAUGAAGUUUUUGAUACACUGAAAAAAAAUUGCACUAAUGAUUGUAUUCAUUUAGAAUCCGAUUAUGAUUAUAAGCAAGAAUUUUCUAAUUUUAAAGAAGAUGAAUCUAUUAUAAAUGAAUUCAAUGUAAAAGGUUCUAAAAAAAAAGAGGAUGUCAUUAAUUUAACAAAUGAAAGAAUAGGUAUACCGGAAGUUUUAUUUAACCCACAAGAUAUUAAUUUAGAGCAUUGUAGUAUUGUUGAAUUAAUAUAUAGAUGUAUAUCAUUGUUACCAAAGGAAAUUCAAAAGUAUUUUGUUUCACAAAUUUACAUAUCUGGUGGAUCAACAAAAUUUAAAAAUUUUAAGCAUAGAUUAUACAAAGAAUUAAGAGCUAUUUUCCCUACCGAAUGGGAAAUUAAUAUAUAUUCUCAUAAGAAUAGUUUAUAUAGUAAUUAUAUAGGGACAUAUGUUUGGUUAAGUGAUCAAAAUAUAUAUAAUUACAAUGUUAUCACGAAAGAACAAUAUUUUAAUCAUGGAAAGAAAACUUAA